CUCCUUUCCCCUCCCUCUCUCCCACACGCAUGCAUACAGACCGACAGGCUACGCGACCCCCCUCCCCCCUUCCAUCAUUUUCCCAUCUCUUACUCACUCUCUCCCUACAACAAACAUGGCCGCGAAAUCUGAUGGUGCACCCGUCUCUCAACGAAACGACAUCCCACCCGAGUGUCCCUCCAGGUCGGACCCGCGGCCUCCCCAGCGCCGUCCCGCCGAGCAGCGCUACUCCCUCCCGGACUGCUGCUGGACGUUGUGCGCCCUUUUGGUCUUCUUCUCGGACGGGGCCUCAGACCUGUGGCUGGCCGCGGACUACUACCUAAGGAGGGACUACUGGUGCUUUGCGCUGACUCUGGUCUUUGUGAUCGUCCCUUCCGUGGUCGUGCAAGUGCUGAGCUUCCGAUGGUUCGCCUACGAUUUCUCGGAAACCGUCGAGAGCGGCACCGCUGCGGCCGCCGUGGUGGCGGCGUCGGGAGCGGAGGAGAGCGACUUCAGCACCAAGGACAGCGGCGAGCGGGGCGCUGGCCGCUCUGCCGCGGCCGGGGUGCUGUCAGGGCCGGGCACCGGGGGAGGAGCCCGGGGCUGCUGCAGAGCCUUCAUGUGGCUCUUCCAGGGCAUCAUUCAUAUCUUUCAGCUGGCACAGGUCUGGAGGUAUGUCCACGCCUUGUAUUUGGGCGUGCAGAGCCGCUGGCACGGAGACCCGGAACGGCGCCACUACUACUGGCGCAUGAUGUUUGAGAGCGCCGAUAUCAGCAUGCUGCGUCUGCUCGAGUCCUUCCUGAAGAGCGCCCCUCAGCUGGUGCUGCAGCUCAGCAUCAUGAUCCAGGCCAGUCAGGUGCUGCCCCUUCAGGGGCUUUCAGCUUCUGCCUCACUGAUAUCCCUCGCCUGGAUGAUUUCCUCCUAUCAGAAAGUCCUGAGGGACUCCCGAGAUGAUAAGCUACCCAUGACCUACAAGGCAGUCAUAGUUCAGAUUCUGUGGCACUUGUUCACCAUCGGAGCUCGCACGCUGGCCUUCGCCCUGUUUGCCUCCGUGUUCCAGCUUUACUUUGGCAUCUUCAUCGUGGCCCACUGGUGCAUCAUGACAUUUUGGAUAAUUCAAGGCGAGACAGACUUUUGCAUGUCCAAAUGGGAGGAGAUCAUCUACAACAUGAUGGUGGGCAUCGUGUACGUUUUCUGCUGGUUCAGUGUCAGAGAGGGGCGCACUCGCUGCAGGAUGCUCAUCUACAGCCUGACUGUGUUCGUUGAGAAUGUGGCGCUCACCACUGCCUGGUACUUGUACCGUGGUUCUCGUACCUCAGACUUCUACGCCGUCAUCAUGGUGUGCUUGGUGGCCAGCAGCUACGCUUUGGGCACCUUCUUCAUGUUUGUGUAUUACUGUCUGCUGCACCCUGACGGCUCAGUCUCAGGGUGGGGCUACAUAGUGGAGAAGGAGGUGCCUGUGGAGUCGCUGGCCUCCCCAGCUUCCAGCCUCCCUCCUGACCUGGUGAGCAGCCCCCCCAGGACCCUUCAGAGAACUAAAGGGUCAGACAGAGAGCAGGGGCCUGGGGUGGAUGGAGAUGUGUUUCAGGUACGACCACCUCGGGGAGCUCACGCCCCGGUGCCCCCACUAACACCCAGGACAGAGGGGCCCGUCAUCCGAAUAGACCUGCCCAGGAAGAAGUACCCCGCCUGGGAUGCUCAUUUCAUCGACCGCCGGCUGCGUAAAACCAUCCUGGUGCUCGAGAGUGCUGCCCCAGUUACGCCAAGGAUUCAGUACCGCUGCCUGGGCACACCCAAAGAAGUGAUGGAGUAUGAGACCACCGUGUAAUGUGCUGAAUGUGCUGUGACUCAGCCUGCUGCCGUGUGGACAUCCUGCCUUAACUAAAAAUGGCAGGAGGAUGACUCUCUCUGAGCAGUCUGUUUUAGCUUAUCGAGUCCACACCUACUAGAUUGCUCUCUGUACUGUCAGGCGCUGGACACAAACAGGCAAAGAAAGCGAUGGAGUGUUGUGUCUUUAUUUUCUACAAAGGCAAAAUCCUGCGAUAUUGUCUAUUGAUGGUGCAUAUUUUGGUUUCUGUAUCAUUUCUCAGGUCAGGAUGUGGUACAGGAAGGGGUCGAAGUUGGCCGCAAAGCUCGCUAUCUGGUAAAUUUAGAGAGAAGCACAGGCAGGCGGAGAAGUGGAGCUGUUGUCAAUCAGAGGCAGAAAGUCCUCCUCAGUGAAGGUGCUUCAGCACAUCCUCUCCAGGUGGGCCGAUGACAGAGACAAGCCUUCAACAUGCAUGAUUAUUUAUGGCAGCUACAACUGAAACAUCACACUGAAUGAGGAGGUUUAAACAAGACGGUAAUCUCACGCUGUAAUUUCAAACACAAACGACAAUAAACACAAGUAUUGAUCUCCAUAAUCAUGAUUUUCCAUAGCUAUUCAGUCAUGUUGAAGGAGUCUCUGAAAUGCUGCUUCGAAUCUGAAGGGCAGUUUAAAAGCAACAUUUGAGUUGAAUGUAAAAACAGUUGAAAAUGUGAUUAUUUGUGACAAGGCUUCGAGCAUUUUCAUGCUGUUAGUGGGAUUUACAACAUUCCUGUGGUACUACAUUUGUUUUUUGAGGUAAGCUACAACAAAAAAAAAGAGAUCUGUGUGUGUUUACAAGCAGUCUGUUAUUUUGGGAUAUGUCAUCACUCUUACUAGAACAAGAUGCACCUUCCUCCAGAAUGUGUAUGCACUGAACAAUAGCUACAUUACGAUUUCCAUGACAUUUACAGGAUGUAUUCCACUGAUAGGACUCAACAGUUGUAUUUUCAUACUGCACCCAUCUUCCACAACAAAAGCAACAGGACAGCCAUUAAUUUACAUGUAAAUUACUGUACAACGAAGAGGGAGUUGCAGAGGGACAGCACUGUCUGUAAUUGUACUGUAUUCAUACUUUGUUGUCUGAAAAAUGUAGAAAGAAAAAAACAUAGCUGCAGACUCCAAAACCCCUAACAGAAUAGCUUUGAUAUCAUUGAUGGUACGGGCAUGUAGUACUUUUGGUAGUGCUUUAAAUUAUAGGUUUGUUAUUUCCUUCUAAUUUCCUCAAAACUUACCUAAAACGAAAUAUGAAAUUUGGUACAAAUUGCAUUGAAAAUUACAACAAAUUUUCUUCAAACAUUGUUGAUUUAUUCACCAUCUACCAAUUAUUGGAAACAUACUUACUCAUAGACAAGUUGCGCAUAAUUUGACAUGUUAUAUUCUGGUAGAAAUACUACACUAGUUUAGGAUUUGACAUGAAUUGAUCAUUUUGCCUGUAAUUAGAGACAAAUUACAUUCAAUUAAAGUUUUUCCAGAAAUCUUUUGAGGAGAUGAUGAACCCGUAAAAUAAAGCAGUUCCAAUAUUUCUUUUAUCAGGGUUGUUUUUAUAUAGAAUAGUCACAAGAAGGAAAUUUCUGAACGUGUUUGCGUGUCUGUGUGUGUGUGCUCACAUACCAGCAUGUGUGUAUGUGGGGGAGAAGAGUCCUGCCAUGUGCAUUCAAAUUAAUUUGAAACUGUGUCCCUGAGAUGUGACAGUUUUGUUGUAAACACUGUCCAUUCAGCCCACUUUUCCCAGAUGACACUGAAACAAAUAAUUAGCCAACAGAGCACCUUUACCACCCUGCUGCAGUAAAAGAAAGACAAAAAUCAAAACAAACAAGCCAGAGAGGCUUCGAUUAUGGUGCUAACUGUCUGAGUCCAUCACUUAACAACCACAUGGGGUACCAUAAAAUGAGCUUGUUGUGGCAGGAGCUGGGCGGGGCUGUACCUCAAACACAAAGCUAGAAUCAAAAAGCCUUAAGCUGGUCAUGCCAGACUGUUGCUGUUCUGAACAAGAAAAAAAAUGAACAAGAAGGUGAAGAAAAUUUCAUUAUGUUGUUGUUGCUAAAAUAAAGAGCAAUGUGUUUACCUGA